CCUUCCGUUCACUUGUGGAGAGAAACAGUCCGAGUGUGAGGCGAAAAAGAGUCGGUGAACUCUAUCGUCGUCACAUUAACUCUUGACAACUUUUCAAUUGACUCUCGCUUGAAAAGACAUUCCGGGUUUUUGUUGGAGCUUUCAAACCCACUGUCAGUGGAUGUGUGAGUAUGGUGGAGAGUCGGACCCGUGUCCAGAGGGAAGGAGUGUACCGCUGGUUCUCCUCCCUCACCUCUGCCCAGAGAGCCGAGUUCCUGUGUGGCCUGCUGGACCUCUGUGUCCCCAUCGAGCUUCGCUUCCUCGGCUCCUGCCUGGAGGACUUGUCCCGGAAGGACUACCAUUCUCUCCGGGAUGCGGAGAUCAAAGCCAAUAACCCCACCGAUUUAUCCGGGCUCACCAAUAUCACGGACGAGGUGGUGCGGAGUAAACUGUUGGUGUCCCUCGCACUGCUCGGCUCGGACAACCGGGAGGCAGCGGGCGUCCUGUACCAAACGUUGACGCAUAUAGACACGGUGAUCAACAACUACGGCCUGGCCUUAAAUGACGGAAGAGCCGAGGAGCAGUUUCUGUUGCUUUUCACAAUGGCAUCAAACCACCCGGCUUUCAGCUUCCACCAGAAACGAGUUCUGAGGCAGCAACUCGGCCAGAUCCAGGACGUCCUGCAGGUGAGCUAUGGAGGAGCGGGCAUUGAGGGUCAAGGAGCAGGCCUAUGUGGCGAACAAAUGGCUCUCGCUUACACUCAGCUGCAUCACCACUAUACCCAGCACAGUGUGUCUUUACCUGGCUUGGCCUCUUUGUCUCCCUCUGGCUGCUCGCUUCCUGACGCAACCGCUGCCUCCUUGCCUGUGCCUGCUGCUCAACUCUCUCAUUCACCCUGCACCUGCUGGCACAAGAAGCAAACCAGUGAGGCUGGUACAGCCCAUGCGCUUGGAUCUGAGGUGAAAAUUGGGAGAGGAGCUCAAGCGGUCAGCCAAGAACCCAACCAUCCUCAGUUUGACCUUCCACCUCCCCCUCACCUUCCUCCCCCUCCAGCUGCUGAGCAGUGCCAUGAUGCUUUAGCACCACCACCUAAGAAUCACCAGGUGAAAAGAGGAACAGUGGCAAUUGAGAGAGUUGCAUUACGAGGAGUGACUCACAGGUUUGAAGACAAAAGUGAUUAUAUGUUUGAGGCUAGCUGGUCUGAUGGCUUUGUCUCAUCAGUUGUCCGAAGUCAACAGGAGGUAACCGAGCUACUUUCACAGUUGUCACAGGCAUUCCCUGAUGAGCGAAUAGAGAAGCUCUUGCCUCAGUCUCGUGAUUCAGAUGCCAGAUGUCUGACAGUGUUGCCCAGCCAUGUCCUCCAGCACCACAGCGUCCAAUUCUUCUUCACCUCCACCAGGCCUCACUCACCUAAAUGCCUCUCCCCCCUCUCUUCCUCACUCCCAGACAUGCCUUCCUCCCCUCCCACAGCUCCUGUCGUCCCAACCUGCACAUUUACAUCCAACCAUACAAGCUCAGCUGGCUGUAUGUUGCAGUACAGAGGAGCCAGCAGGGCGGUGUACAGAGUGGCCAGUGUCCAUCCUGUUGUCAGCACUCACAAUUCUCCCAUGACCCGCUGCUCCCCUCACCUUUCCUCUCUCCUUCCGCCACAACACACUCCCCAGCUGUCCUCCCUCCCGCCCACGGUGCCAGCCUUGCCAACACAGGGCUUCCUUGCUGGCAGAGGUGAUGCAUCCUCCCAGCCACACCCCCAAAGCAAACUGUCUCCUUCAAUUCAUCCGCACACAUAUUCGGAGCCCCAGCAGCCCUCGUUUCACUCGUUGCAACUACAGACGAGCUGUCACCUCGGUACCCAACCUCAGCAUUCGCCCCAUUCUCAGUCCCUUUCGUAUUCACUCUCUCAGUCCCGUUCCCAACAGCCCCAUGCACAGUCUCCAUCACAGUCCCAGGUGAUCACGCCAGAGCAGAACGGCAUCUUGGACUGGCUGCGCAAGCUUCGCUUACAUAAAUAUUAUCCGGUGUUCAAACAGCUGACAAUGGAAGAGUUUUUAGCACUGACAGAGGACGACUUAAACAAGUACGACUUAACUCAGGGAGCAAAGAAGAAACUCAAGACUCAGCUAGAGCUACAGAAAUCAGCAGACAGAGAGACGAAGAUGGAGAAACGGACCUGUAGUGGUAUUGCUAGAGUUACGCCUUCCAGUCAUAUGGGACCUUCAACCCACACCUCCUCUGCAGUAGAGCUGCGGGUGGAGGUGGACACUGUGCUGCACCAUCACCCCGUCCACACAGACAGCAGCUCAUCCUCAGACUACUCCAGCUCUUCUUGUUCCCCCCGAACACCCCUCUGCUGUGACUCCACUCUGGACAGGAGCAGAGAUAUUUACAGGCGUGUGUCAGGUCCAGAUGCAGUAGGCGGUCAAGAAAAGGAGCGCUCGUGCAUUUUUAUCCUGAAUUCCAGCUGCCCCCCAGGCCCCAGUCGCCCCACGGCCCAGGUCCUUCCCGUCCAAACGGAUACCGCUGCUGCCAUCCAUCCGUCCUGCUCCUCCCACCUCCCCUUCACGCUCUCUCACUUCCACCCACAAGGCAGCUACCCUCAAAGCCUGCUCUCCCCAGUUUCAAACCAGACACGUAUCCCGUCUUCCCCACGAAAGCCAAGGCCGCCCCCGCUGUGUGUGGAGGACAGGACUAAGGUGCCGGCUUCGGGCCUGCCCGGUACCAGUGCGGGCUUCAGUCCUGGGGUGGGCGUAGGCAUGGGCAUGAGGCUGGAGAACCUGCUCCCCAGUCUCAAACUGAAAGUGGACGCCUCCUCCUCCCUCCAUGACUCUGAAGGCUGUCUUGGUCUUACAGGGGCUGCGGUUGGUCUUAUGGUUGAGACCAGUUGUGCCCUGACCUCCACCUCCAACAGCCUCCACCAUGUGUCCCAACCACCUCUCCAUUUUCACCUGUCAUCCUCUACAUCCUCAUCUCCAUCCAUAUACUACUCCCACCCACCCACUCCUUAUUCUACUUUUGCCAGCUCCUGUUCCUCUAUAAAGUCCCUCUCAGAAUCUGCUAGUUCCAGUGGUGGAAGUGUCUUUGUCUCCAUAGCAAGCACCGUCCCUAUUGCCACAGUUCCGGGUAACAUAUACUACCCCCAGCAAUCUACUCCAGGCCUCUCCGCCUCUUCUGCCACUUCAUUGGAUCAAAAUCAAGGCCACACCCACUCCAUGUGCGUUUGCAGCUCGUGUGGAUGUCGGGGUAACUGUGGGGCUUAUGGCACCUUGCCCGGAUACGGUCCUGCAUCCGGCUACCUGCAGCCGGUGUCAGCAAGCUCCGUCUUCACUCUGGGCCCUCUGCUUCAUUUUAGCCCCCUCAUGGCCUCAUCCAGCACCACAGGCACCGGUACCAUGCCCUUUUCCUACCAGAUGAUGGCACCACCUCCCCUCUACUGCCAGAGCGCUGGGGCGCAUGACCAGCAAAAGGGCUUUGGCUUCUACCAGCCUCUUGGCCUUGUGGGAAACGGGAUCCAGAAGCGAAUAGUGGGAAACCUUUCUUGCUACAACUGCGGUAGCCAUGGACACAGAGCAGAGGACUGCAAGCAACCACCCAUGGAGUCAUCUCAGCAAGGCACUUUUCGAUUGAAGUACACUCCGCGCUCUGACCAUAAGGACUCUGGGGACUGACGAGCCUGCAGGGAAUUUGGAAAUCCUCAAAUAUUUUCCUCUGUCACAGUUCAGCCCUCUUCACCACCAGUCUAUUCAACUUGAGCUAGUGGCUCAACCAUAUAGCGCGACUUUUCUUAAAUCUUCGCAUUGGAGUUAGGUCACACAAAGUGGACAGCAGCUGAGUGGAACAGUGCAAAUUAAUCACAGACAAAUGGGCAUUAAAACCUCUGGAAGCUGGAAACAGAAGAGUAAAACAUCAGGUCUUUUCACAGAAUCCGGAUAGCCUUUGUAGGAGACACAUCAGGAAUAUCACAUUUAUAGACCAUAGAACACAGGUAUCAAAUUCAAGGCCCGGGGGCCACAUCCAGUCCGCCACUUCAAUUUAUGUGGCCCACGAAAGCAAAUCAUUUGUGACAACUUCCAUGAUUCUUGUUCAAAUCUGCAGCUUUUUUUUUGUUUGUUGGUUUUUUUUGUUACCAAGCCCCUUUUACCCCCUUUCAACCAUAGUUGGACAAACUAUUAUCCAUGACAUCUGAUUUUGAAAACAAGUUAUCCAUCAUUCCGUUGUGUAUACAUAAUAAUAUGAUCAGGCGAUGAAACAUUUAUAUGGUUUCAUGGUCAUAACGACCCUCUGAGGGAAACCGUACCACCAAUGUGGCCACGGCAAAAAUGAGUUUGAAACCCCUGCCAGAGAACAACUACGCAGUAAAUAGUGGGUCCUUCCACUUAAUGCUCAAGUUAGGCCAACUUCAAAAAAUUAUUAUUGUAAAAAAAAUCAUCCUUUUCUGUACAUUUGACAGUUUAGGGAAUAUUUUGUUUUGUGUUGUUUGAUUCGUUUUCUGUUUCCUUCUCAUCCUUAUUUGACCUGUUAUCUCCUUACAGGCUCAAAUGGCCAAUAAGUUUUUAUUAUUGUUAUUACGCAAUACAGUACUAUUAUAGAUUUCAUAGCAUGGGUUGGUGGGGAAGUCACAUUUUGCAAUUAAAUUGUAUAGUGUUGGUCACGAUAGAACGCAUCUGUAACAGAGCACAUUCCUGCAAGCUUGUUUUCUGUGUAGAGCAGCCUGUCUGGAACAUAAAUUUAUGAUACUAUGAUUAAUAUUGCAUCGAACUGGACCUGUGAGGUUUUUUUUUCUCUAGGUUGCCUUUUUACGAUCCUAGUGAAACCUGUAUGCAAGGACUUUGCGGCUCUUCUUCAACAAGUGCUAAUUUUGUCUGCUUUGGUGUCGAUUCUUGUAUUGUUGAUGCAGGUUAAUGAGACAACACAGUCGUGUGUAAUUUACACGAAAAAGCUCAGGAUUCUUUCCGAAAAAGUGAAACAUAGUGUAAGUCUCUGGGCAGGACCCAGAGGAUUAUUAACAUGAGGACAGCUUGUCCCACUCAAUAUGUUGACCCCUGGAGGGUGCAGCACAAAUAUGUGCCAUCUUUAUUUAAAAUGACAAUUACUGAACAUUUUGUCACGUUGUGAACAUUGUGAGUCAGUGAAGGGUUUUGUAUAUUGUAGAAAGCAUGCUCACAUUUGAAGGUCUACAUGUCUUUGCUUAGUUGUUGCCUUAAAGUCAGCUGGAAGUGUUAACUUUCCAGCAUCAUAAGACAACCUGGUAAAAUGAUUCACAGCAUGCAUGCUGCUUCCUCUUUUGUAAGAAGUGCCUUUCUAUGCCAGUACUAUGUAUAACAACAGCAACAAUAAAAUUGACGAUAGGAGCUAAGGUUUCACUCUUUGUGUUCCGUCCCUCAACUUUUUUGCCUAACCUUGGGAUAAGUCUCAAACGUAUUUUUCUAUUUUGGCAUGUUAAUUGUAGGCUUUCUUUUAAAUCAAAUACGUAAUAACAAAAUCAUGUAAAUUUUGCCAACUAUGUCAAAAACACAAGGAAUUUGUCUCCGGUAGUUGGAGCCACUCCAGUACAACAACAGAACCAUUUUGCCAAAAACUACUUUUGAGACAUAAAAACACUACGAAGAGUCACUGAGCAAUGAAAGGUUACCGGUAAUGUGGUAAUACUGAUACAAUGACAAUUGUGCAAAUGACACAGAGUCCUUAAGCAAUUUAGAGCGGUUUGAAAUAACAAAUAGAGGAAUAAUCUGGAACAAUGACAAUUGUGCAAAUGGUGCAGAUACUGUAGUUCUUAAGCACAUGAGUGGUCAGUAUUGGUCAACAACAGAUUUGCAAAUAACGAGACUACUACAGUGAGUGUACAAAGAAUGUAGAAGUGUCCUGACAGAGUUGUGACAACAAUUACAAGACAAAAUUGGCAGCAGGUUGCAAUGGAAUUGUAAGUUAACGGUUUAGGACGUUAAUGGCAAGAGGGAAGCUGUUGGAAUGUCUCCUUGUUUUUGUUUGCAUUGUUUGGUAGCGCCCACCUGAGGGAAAGAGCUGGAAGAGAUGGUGACCAGGAUGUGGAGGGUCCAAGAGGAUUUUGCAUGCGCUUGUCUUAGUUCUGGCAGCGUGCAAGUCCUCAAGGGUGGGUAGGGGGCUACCGAUGAUUUUUCUGGCAGUCCUGAUUGUCCGUUGCAGUCGGAGUGUGUCCUUUUUUGUGGCAGCACCAAACCAGACUGUGAUGGAUGAACACAGGACUGAUUCGAUGGACUGCUGUGUAAAACUGCCUCAACGGGUCCUGUGACAGGCCAUGCUUGCUCAGAAGUCACACGAAGUACUGUACAUGUACACCCUCUGCUGGGGGAUGGAGUUGAUGUUGGUCUCCCACUUGAGGUCCUGAGAGACUGUAAUUCCCAGGAGUCGGACAGCAUGAGGGGCAACUGUGGCAAAGGAUACUUCCUGAAGUCCACGAUCUUCUCUACAGUCUUGAGAGCUCCGGGUUGUGUUGGCCGCACCAAAUCUUAAUUAACAUAAUAUCUUAUGAUUUAUACUACCUUAACUACUAUGCGCUCCUACCACAUUUAAUAUACAUACAAGGACAUCAUAAUACGUUAGAAUUAGAAAACCAUGUAUUUCUGUCGUUCAAAUAAAUACAUAAAAAAACUCAUUCAAUACAGAGUAACGUUUUUUUAUAAUUUUAUUAUUUUGAUGGUUUUACCUUACAAGCUAACAAAAAUGCACAUUUUACCAUCUC